AUGAGGAUCUUUUCGUCAGAGUAUACCUUCGAUUACUCGUGGGAAGAGGUCAGCACCAACAACUGGAGGAAAUACUGUCCAUGGAAUGACAAGGCCGAACACGUCAAGGCGGUUGAUACGCUCUCCCGCCACGUUGAUUCUGAUACUGGUAUCCUUCGCACGGAACGUCUCAUCACUUGCAAGCAAAACGCACCACAAUGGGUGUUGAGCAUUCUCGGCGGCGAUACGACAAGUUACGUAUAUGAAGUUUCUUACGUCGACCCGGUUGCGAAGAAGGUUACCAUGUGCAGCACCAACAUGACGUGGUCCAACCUGCUAGAAUGUCGAGAAACCGUGGUCUACCAACCGUCAUCCAGCGAGCCGCACGCGAAAACAGACUUCAAGCAAGAGGCCAAGAUCGUGGCAAUGUGCGGUGGAUGGCAAAAGAUCCGAACCAAGAUUGAGGAGGUGAGCGUAGAGAGGUUUCGAGAAAAUGCCGCACGAGGACGAGAAGGCUUCGAAAUGGUAUUGGAGAUGUCCAGGAGGGCAUUUGGUGAAGAGCGGGAGAAGAUGAAGAUGGAGCAGCCGAUUACUGUUUGA